AUUACUGUUAACUGCUUCCGGCUGUCAAAAAAAAAGAAGGGAAAAAUGAAAAAAUGAAAAAUUGAAAUAAAUACUUUUUUUUCAAACAACAAAGAUGAAAUAUGGAGAAAAUCAAGCAGCGAUUUAGCAAAAGCACUGCGCUAGAAAAUGUCCUGAGCGACAGGCACAUCGACGCGCAGGAACAGGAACUGGCUGAUGAUACAGAUGCUUUUACGAGCUCGAGUGAACUCGAAGUUGACAUCUCACUCAGACUUAAGCUCUCAGAAUCUACAAACAGUGUGAACCAGAAAAGUAAUUGCGAGACAGAAGAUGUAGAAACCAGAGAAAUGUAUGUACCAGACCUUGAUACUGAAAAUCCAAUGAAUGGACAAACUGUGUUCGAAAUUAUCUCCACAGAUACAAUCAAAGAUGGACACUCUAACUUUGUGAUAUACCGGAUUUUGCUCACCAAGUCUUCCAUUGUGGAUCGUAACCCCGUUGUUAUUGAGAGACGUUACUCAGAUUUCCAGCAACUUCAUCUAGAUCUGUCUAAACAUUUUAAGGAGCAUAUGGAAGCUAUAUCAUUUCCAAAGAAAAGAUUGUUUGGUAAUUUUACUCCUAAGACUAUAGCCAAAAGAAGUCGAGCUUUCGAACAAUAUCUUACCCACUUGUAUUCCAUAGAUGAGAUACGAUUUUCACAUACAUUUUUAGAAUUCUUUUAUUUAACCGAUCUGAAAGAAGCUUACAAUUGUUUGUUGGACGUUGAGUAUGAAAAAGCGAUCGCAUGUUUUCAAAAGGUGCUACUUAUUCAAGAAAAAAUCUUAGGGUUUUUAAACCUGACAAUAGGUAAAACUCUUUGUGCACUUGUCUCCUGUUGUCAAACAGUGGAAGACAAUAUGAUGGGAUUGAAGUACGGGAGACAAGCGUUGAAAUGUUACACAAAUCACGAGGAUAACAAGUAUUACCUACCUUUGCUUCAGAGCUGCGUACAUUUAAGUUGGAAGACAGGAGAAGAUAAAGAGAAGUUAGAAGAAAUAUUAAAUCAAAAGAGGCGAGACUCGAAGGAUCUCCCUUCUCUCUUGUCUGUGGUUCACAGUUCUGUGAUUUUAUAAGAAACACUUUAGUCUACUAUCAGUUGGCAAAUACUGCAAAGAUCAAAGGUACCUUAAAUCUUGAGGUGUUAAUUUUUGCUAAGACAGCAUUUUGAUUAUUUAGCAAAAUAAUUUUAGCACUUGGAAAAGGGGACGGUGACUCAAGAUUAAAUCAUUUUUAAGGAGAAAUUAAACUGAAUAACCAAACUGAAUCUAAAAUUUGGUCAUAUGAUGAUAUUUGAUAUUACAGUAGGAAAGUUGAAUGUGUAAAGCAGUCCAACACAAAAGGAAGACACAAUUUAUAUGAGCCGCACCAUGAGAAACCCAACAUAGUGGGUUUGCGACCAGCAUGGAUCCAGAUCAGCCUGCGCAUCCACUAACGGUUUCUCUAAUUGCAAUAGGGUUUGAAAGCGAACAGCAUGGAUCCUGACCAGACUGCGCAGAUGUGCAGGCUGGUCUGGAUCCAUGCUGGUCGCAAACCCACUAUGUUGGUUUUCUCAUGGCGCAGCUCAUAUUUUGAUAAAUCAGAAAGUAGGGGGUGGGGGGUAAAUUUCAAACAAUAUGAAUAUGAUAUGUAUAUGUUCCUGUGUACAUUAAAAAGAACGACUUUAUUUAGCUCUACUGAAAAUUGUCCAGAUUGUUGUACCAAAUUGCCCACUAUUUUAUUCUUUUUUAACUUCAGAUUUGGAGUGAUAUGUUAACUUUAGACAUGUAUUGCUAUAUUGCAUGAAAGUUGCAAUGUUCUGAAUUUAGACAUCUCAGAUGUAUAUUGAUUCAGUGAAAUCCACAAUGAAAAUUCUAUACCUCUGCAUGCUUGUAAAAAAAAAAAAAAUCUCAACCGCUUACUUUUAGAAACGGCCUUCAAGCUUGAUUAACCUUUAGCCUGCUGGUGGCAAGUGAUUCUACCUGACCAAAAUCAGCCUGCAUGUCCGUGCAGUCUGAUCAUGGUCUGCACUGUUCACUAUUCAAACAGUUAAUUUUUUCAGUGAACACCCAUUUGAAUAAUAAGUGUUACUGUUACGCGCAUAUAGCCAAUCUGCGCAUUUGGUAAAUCGCGCAGCGCAAAUAACUAAUUUGUUAUCUGCGCAACGAUUUGUAAAUCGGGCAACCUUAUAUAUUUCUUAUAUGCGCAGGGCAACUGUCUUGAGCGUUUGGUAAAUGAGUCUGCGCUUUUAACAUAUGGAUGAUAUCUCCCGAUAAAAUUGAAUAUCAUUAGAGUGUUAGACUUGUAGGCCUACAUAAAAUUGUAAAACUGACGGUGAUCAGGCACGCGUAAAGGUGCGAAUUUGUAAAGAAAAAGAAAAACAUUUUUAAAGUAAAUGAGCGUAUUUAUGCGGUAAUUUCUCACGUCCCUGGUAGUUUAUGGCCUAUAAAUUUCUGUUGACGACGGUAUUAAGAGUCAUUUGUCAUAGGUGUUAAAAAACGUUAAAAUGAUACAAAAUAUCCCAAGUAUAUUUAAUAACACAAGUAUUUUUUUAUUUAUUUUUAUACUUUUUUAACUUUUAAACGCCGUAGCCUGUGCGGGAUGUCGGUCCUGCGCUAAUAGAAAAUCUGGAAAUUACUCUGAUAAUAUGCAUAUCUGCCAUAAACCAUGCUAACUUUUACAUUGUUUAACAAUUACAGACUGAUAUUGCAAAUCUUGGUUUAAAAAUGUGUCAUAAAUUUAUUUCAACAUCAUUAAAUUCAUGGGAGUCGGUCACCUGGUUUCAAUACCUGCAAUAUGAUACAAUAUGCAAUAAAACUCAAACAUGCGUGAA